AAUAAGGCGGCACGAGUUUAGUGCAUUAUCCUCAAAUCGUAAUGUGUUAACUCUUUUCUUAUAAAAUUAUUAGUGUCAAAAUUUAUUGUUAUUGUUUAUUGUAGAAACCUUAGAAAACUUUGGCAUUUCCUAAUAUGACUAGAUCAAAGAUAGAGUUAGGAGAUGUAACACCACAUAACAUUAAACAACUCAAACUCCUUAAUCAGGUGGUGUUUCCAGUCUCAUAUAAUGAGAAAUUCUAUAAGGAUGUAUUAGAAGCUGGAGAGCUAGCAAAACUUGCAUAUUAUAAUGACAUAGUAGUCGGUGCAGUUUGUUGUCGAGUAGAUACUUCCGAAAAUUCUAGGCGUUUAUAUAUUAUGACAUUGGGAUGUCUUUAUCCCUACAGAAGGUUAGGAAUUGGUACCGUAAUGGUGCAACAUGUUUUAAAUUAUGUCAACAAAGAUGGAAAUUUUGAUUCGAUCUUUCUCCAUGUUCAAAUAAGUAAUGAAGGGGCAAUUGACUUUUACAAAAAAUUUGGGUUUGAAAUAGUAGAGACAAAGAAACAUUAUUAUAAGAGAAUAGAACCAGCAGAUGCUCAUGUAUUACAAAAGACAUUACGUACUAGAACAAAUCAAACGAAUAAUCAACAACCUAACCAAUGAAAAUUGUUAAUCAUUAAUUUAUCACAUGCCAAGA